AGAAAGACCAGGAAGGAGAGCUACGCUAUCUAUGUGUACAAGGUGUUGAAGCAGGUCCACCCUGACACUGGUAUCUCUUCCAAGGCCAUGGGCAUCAUGAACUCCUUUGUUGGAGACAUCUUUGAGCGUAUUGCUGUGUCGGAGUAGCUGUUGGAGAGGGGUGGCAGAGUGUGGGAAUCUUGUCCAUGCAGCAGAAUGUGUUCCAUGAAAACACAAGUGGCAGACAUUCACCCUGCUCACAGGAGCCAGCAGCGGGGCUGAGUCUACACGGUUCUCAUGGUGUGUUUAAGUGCCGCCUCCUGCUUCGGAGAGAACAAGUCUGAUUUCACUCGCUCAACGUGUUGCAUCUAAACUCAAGAAGUAAUAAUGGCAGAAGAAGCUCCAGCUCCCGCCGUCGCCUCCCCGGCUAAAGCCGCCAAGAAGAAGGCAGCACCAAAGCCCAAGAAGAGCGGCCCCAGCGUCAGCGAGCUGAUCGUUCAAGCUGUGUCCGCCUCCAAGGAGCGGAGCGGAGUGUCUCUGGCCGCCCUGAAGAAGGCUCUGGCUGCCGGAGGUUACGAUGUGGACAAGAACAAGGCCCGCGUCAAGACCGCCGUCAAGAGCCUGGUGGCCAAAGAGACUCUGGUCCAGACCAAGGGGACCGGGGCCUCCGGCUCCUUCAAGAUGAACAAGAAGGCUGAGCCCAAGCCCGUAAAGAAAGUCGCUCCUAAAGCCAAGAAGCCCGCCGCCAAGAAACCCGCAGUGGCUAAGAAGCCCAAGACAGCAGCCAAGAAGACAGCAGUUGCUAAGAAAUCCCCGAAGAAGGUGAAGAAGCCCGCAGCGGCCAAGAAAGCAGCCAAGAGCCCCAAGAAGCCCGCAGCCAAGAGCCCCAAGAAGGCAGCAAAGAGCCCCAAGAAAGUGGUGAAAAAGGCUCCAGCAGCCAAGAAAGCCCCCGCUAAGAAGGUGGCCAAGCCCAAAGCCAAGAAGGCAGCACCCAAGAAGAAGUAAGCUGUCAUCAGUCUG